GGGAGAUAAUCUCCGAUGAGCAUGGCAUCGACCCGAAUGGCAUGUACCAUGGUGAAAAUGAUUUGCAAUUGGAACGCAUCGAUGUGUACUACAAUGAGGCCAGCAGUGGUAAGUAUGUACCACGCGCUGUACUCAUCGACUUGGAGCCAGGCACAAUGGAUGCUGUUCGCCAAUCGCCAAUGGGUAUGCUAUUCAGGCCAGACAACUUUGUCUUUGGACAAUCCGGAGCAGGCAAUAACUGGGCCAAGGGUCACUACACAGAAGGCGCCGAACUGAUUGACUCUGUACUGGACGUGCUGCGCAAAGAGUCCGAAGGUUGCGAUUGUCUGCAAGGCUUUCAAUUGGCACAUUCGCUGGGUGGCGGCACCGGCUCCGGCCUGGGUACACUGCUCAUAUCCAAGAUACGGGAGGAGUAUCCUGAUAGGAUAAUGAACAGCUUCUCGGUAGUACCAUCGCCAAAGGUUUCCGAUACCGUCGUGGAGCCAUACAAUGCCACAUUGUCCAUACAUCAACUUGUCGAGAAUACCGAUGAGACAUUCUGCAUCGACAACGAGGCUUUGUACGACAUCUGCUUCCGCACACUGAAGCUGACAUCGCCCACCUAUGGCGAUUUAAAUCAUCUUGUAUCCGUCACAAUGUCCGGUGUAACAACUUGCCUGCGCUUCCCCGGCCAGCUGAAUGCCGAUCUACGCAAAUUGGCAGUGAAUAUGGUGCCAUUCCCGCGUUUGCACUUCUUUAUGCCGGGCUUUGCCCCACUCACUGCCAAGGGAUCGCAACAGUAUCGUGCAUUGACUGUCUCCGAAUUGACUCAGCAAAUGUUUGAUGCCAAAAAUAUGAUGACAGCUUGUGAUCCACGCCACGGCCGCUAUUUGACAGUAGCGUGCAUUUUUAGAGGUCCGAUGUCGAUGAAGGAGGUGGAUACACAAAUGUUAAACAUACAAAACAAAAACAGCAGCUACUUUGUGGAAUGGAUACCAAACAACGUUAAGGUGGCCGUUUGCGAUAUACCUCCACGUGGCCUCAAAAUGUCCGCCACAUUCAUUGGCAAUACCACUGCCAUUCAGGAGAUCUUCAAGCGUAUAUCCGAACAAUUUACAGCCAUGUUCCGGCGCAAAGCAUUCUUGCAUUGGUACACCGGUGAGGGCAUGGAUGAAAUGGAAUUCACCGAAGCUGAAUCGAAUAUGAACGAUUUGAUUUCGGAAUAUCAACAGUAUCAGGACGCUAACGUCGAGGACGAUGUCGAAUUCGAUGACGAGCACGAGGAGCAUGACGCCUACGAAGAAAAUGUUAUGCGAAAUGGCGGCAUCUAGUGACAAGCCGGGUAGAAAUUGGGAGGCACCAAGGAAACGCGUCUCGUUCGCCACCAUUUCGCCCAAGCGCAUUGUUUGUAGAGCAAUAAUUAUUUCUACUGUUGUUCACUUUACAAUUUAAUUUGCAAAUAUUGUAAUAAUUUGUUAAGCGUGAAACUUUUAGAGUAAAAGAAAUUUUAAUAAAAUGACAAAAAAAAGUAUAUAAAAAUAAA